UCUGCAUUUUCCCUUCACCAAACUCCAUACCCAUUCUCUUCAACUGCUCUCUCAACUAUGGCUUUCUCUCUCUAAAGAUUCACAAUCAAUCAAAGUUCAAAGCUUCCUCAAUUUUCUUGCUCUUUUGGUUAAGGACUGGAAGAUUAAACGAGUUAGGUUUAUAACGUCUUUAUGGCUGUUGAGCAGCACUUUGCACGCGAUUGGAAAUCGUUCUCUGCUGCAGUGGAAGACCCCGAGAAAAUUUCCGCUUGCUUCGACUGCAACAUUUGCCUCGACUUUGCCAGCGAUCCGGUGGUCACUCUUUGCGGCCAUCUCUACUGUUGGCCUUGCAUCUACGAGUGGUUUCGCAUCCAGAGCGAUUCAGAAGAGCCUCUGCAGUGCCCCGUGUGCAAGGCCGAGCUAUCAGACACGUCUGUAGUCCCGCUUUACGGCAGUGGCAAGAAACUGCCCGAGUCUCACCCCGAAGGCGGCAACAAGCCUCCCGCUCUAAAGGUGCCCCCGAGGCCGCCCGCCAGUGCACAGGCGUUGGCGAGUCCCAAUUCCCAGCCACUUUCGUAUCACACAGGCAAUGCCUCGUUCAACCUUGGAGCUGUCAAUGCUCCCGAGGCCGGGAUGCUCGGGGAAAUGGUGUACGCUAGGGUGUUCGGGAACUCGGAGAGCCUUUACGCGUACCCUAACUCGUACCAGGCCCGAGGAAACAGCAGCCCGAGGCUGAGGCGACAGGAGAUGCAGGUGGAUAAGUCACUGAACAGAAUUACAACCUUCCUUUUCUUCUGCUUCCUUCUGUGUCUAUUGCUGUUUUAGAAUCAUUUUAGUAUUCUGUCAGUCUCUGUAUAAAAAAUGGUCUCAUCCAUGUUUGUGAGGAUCUUGAUGUGUGUAACACCAUAUAUAAUACAUGAUGUGAUCUCAAGUUUUUGGCAGCCA